AUGCGUGCCAAAUCAUUGCCGAGCUUCACUCUUAUCCUCUCCAUCCUCGUGCUCUUGAUCAGCUUCUCGCGGCGGAUAAAACCAGCCGCUGCGGACGGGUCAGAGACGGGAGGGUGCGAGGUCAGCAGCCGCUGCGGAGAUGCUGUAGACAUUAGCGAUCCCUUCUGGCUCAGUGGGGGUGAUGCAUUCUGUGGCGAUCCCGCUUUUGAAGUCGAGUGCACAGGUGGUCUCCCCAUUCUGGCGAACUCCUUGGGAGGAGGGUCGUACUUUAUCAAACAGAUCUUCCACCGUAACAAGUCAUUGUUGGUUGCCAACACCCAAUUCGCCCGCGGCGACUGCCCGAUCCCCCACGACGAUUCCCAGUUAGGACUCCAUGAUCACGUCGACCAUCACUUCACGAUCAGCACCGCCAACAAAGUGCUCUUCUUGUUUCGUAACUGCUCGGAAAUCCCACCCGAGGAUCACGAAAGGAUACGGUGCGCUAAUGAUACUUUGGCUGAACUCGGUGAAAGCUAUGACUACUCAAAGCCGCCGAAUUGGUCGAGCGAGUGUGAGGUGGUCAAUGCACCGGUUUUCCCGUAUGGUGCAGAGGAAGAGAGUGGACGCACCAACUACGAGGAUCUCCUCAAGAACGGAUUUCUGGUGGAAUGGUGGUCGAACCCUGAAGGCUGUGAGGAAUGCAGAGAGAGCGACGGGAAGUGCGGGUCUCAUCACGAAACAGGGGACUUCGUCUGUCACUGCCCACGAGGAUGGGAUGAACCCAGCAGUUGCGAGGUUACUCCUCUGCCGUUUCUUGUGGGGGUUUUAGACUAG